AUGACCCGGCCGAUACUUCUCAAAGCAGCGCAGCCGCCCGUAUCUAAGGCGGCUGAAGGGCGGUUGUGGAACGAGGAGGAGGCCAAGGCAAACCGGCGGCAGCGGCAGCUCUCCGCGAGCUUCUCCCGGGUCAUGACCAAGUGCAGGGAGCGAUUAGACGGCGUGCCAGACGAAACGCUUGAAUGGCUGGCCAGCAUCGAUCCAACCAAGGCAAAUACGGACCCGUUUGGCGAGAAACUAAUCAAAUACACGGCCACACAGAGCUUUACUGCCAGCACACCAGUAGCCGUAUUAACAGUAGCUACACUAACAGCAUUAUCUGCACCAACCACUAUCACCAUUGCGUCUAAAAACCUAAUCCGAACUGCCCAAGCUCUUGCCCGGACAGAAGAGAUCGGUAAUAUAGAUCAAGUCAUCCGGAUUAUCCAGCCGUAUCAGAUCUUGCUUUGCCAGGAAUGCCCCGGCGGUGCGGUCGGCAUCCGACCCGACGCUUGCGCAGUCGAAUCUCAUUUCCGCAAGCAGCACAAGUUCCGGAGAAAGCCACUGGAGCAAGUGCUCGGCUUCGUUGCAUCACACGCGGCAAAACACCCACUCAAUGACCCGCACACGGCCGAGCUCCCCAACGAUCACAGCAUUCCCAUUGAGGGGCUCCCAGUCUUAGCAGGGUUCAGGUGUAUGGAACCACAGUGUCGGUUCUUGACGACCAAUAAGAAGAAGAUGCUCGCGCAUCCAGCUAAGGCUGGCCACCAGCUACGAGGAGGUGUUAGUGGGGGUGGGAGUAGGGCAGGCUGGGAACUAGUGACUCUGCAGUCGUUCUGCCGGGGCCGAUAUGCAAGGUACUGGAUUGUGGACGACAGCAACGGCAGCGAAAGCAACAAAAGCAGCGACACGGCAGCAUCUACGCUACAGAGCCAAUUAUUGACACAACAAGGCCACCGCACCGGCCGCAGUGCAGUAUUGCAGAUGGUCCAGGGCUGCGAGGUAGAGAUCAAGAGGCUCGUGACGGCAUGGACAGUGGGCAACAAGCUGGCGGCGGGGGAGAAGGGCAUCAUAUACUGCACCAGCCACGCCAAGUGCAGGGCGCUGGCUCAGCAGCUGCAGUGCCACUACUACCACGGGAUGCGCGAGGACAGUGAUGCUCACUUUGCUGCCCAGCGCAGUGCCGGCUUCCGGGCCUGGGCCGAGGGCACGAUGCUGUACAUUGUAGCUACGGCGGCGCUGGGGACGGGCAUUGACAUCCCGGGUAUCACGCAUGUGAUCCACCUCGAGGCGCCGCACAGCAUCAUCGACUACGCUCAGGAGGCCGGGCGGGCCGGGCGGGCCGGGGAGCGCGUUACGGCCGAGAUCAUCAUCGAGGACAAGGACUGGCCAGUCGAGGACCCAUCCAAGGACGGCUGCCUCGAGCUGAAAGUGCGCGAAGUGAACAGCCUGAUCCGGACGCAGGGCUGCCGGCGCCGCAUCCUCGGGCAGUGCCUGGACGGCGAUGUGCGGGACUGCAAAGGGAUCGGCGCCGCGGCUCUGUGUGACAACUGCGAGGCGGCCGAGCUGGUUUGGAAGAGCGAGCUGUCCUCGCAGGGCAUCGUGAUGAUGCAGGCCCGCGGCAGGAUCAUUUCCCGCGCCAUGCAACAGAUGCAGGCGGCGCUGGAGGAGGUCGAGGAGCUGGGCGGCAAGCUGAGGCUGCCGGAUAUGCUGGAUGUUCGACGGGGCCAAGGAGGCACGGCAUCAGUGGACGGCAAGCUCUGCGAGGACGGGUAUCAGAGCGGCGGCGCCACAUGCCGAUGGAAACACGUAGUGAUUCCGUUGGCCUAUGCGGCUACAACCGAGCCAGCUCUAUGGAGCCGCAUCCAGGGGCUCGCAGGGCGUACCUUUAAGGGGCUGGAUGAUUAUGCAAGCUGGCUUGGGCGGAAGCAUCUGAAGCUGGUUUAUAGAGCAGAGAUAUAG